CCCGCCGGAAGGCCCCCAUGGAGGAGAAGUAAACAUACAUAUUCAGAAAUAAACAUUAGCUAGCAUUGGCAGUAUUGAUUUGAAAUAUCUUUUGAUUAUUUUACAUUGAUCAUUACACUAUGGCAGAUGAUGGCGAAUUGGAGAAACGUGCAGUGGAGGAGCUGCUGAAGGAGACCAGUAGGGCUCGGGUGCGAGCAGAAACCAUGGGUCCAGCAGGCUGGAUGAAAUGUCCACUGCGCAGCACCAACAAGCGUUUCCUGCUCAACACUCUGCGCACCACCAUCCCACAGCGCCGCCCUGCUGGCCACUCAGGAGAACAGACAUCAGAGUGUAGGCGGCGCAGCAGGACCCCAUCCACAGACCACAGAGACAGUCACAGACGACACAGGGACGAAGACAGUCAUAGGGACAGCAGAGAACAUAGUCUCAAAGAUGGGCACAAAAGAGACAAAGACAGCAACACGUGCCACAGAGACGGCUACAAAUACAGAGGGGUUGGAGACAAUGACAGAUACAGCCAUAGAGACAAGAAACACCGGGAUAAAAGCGUCACUGGUCACAAAACACACAGUCCCCAUUCUAAAGAACACUCCCCAUCUGAAGCCCCUUCCUCUUGUAGAGACCGCUCUCUCCGCCGAUAGUAGCUCCUCCUCCUCAUCAGACCACGCCCAUUUCAGGGCCAGUUCUCACUCCAUAGGCCACACCUUCUAUCAAUCAAACCAGCACGCUCACGCGCACCUGUCAAGGACACUCCCAGUGGGAGGAGCCACAUGUGACAUCAUAACCUUGUAGGGAGUGCUGUAACGGCAUUACCAGAGGAGGUUUUCUCCCUCGAAGACGUACAUAACCAUUGAAUGACUGGAAAGACAUACAUAACCAUUGAAUGACUGGAAAGACAUACAUAACCAUUGAAUGACUGGAAAGACAUACAUAACCAUUGAAUGACUGGAAAGACAUACAUAACCAUUGAAUGACUGGAAAGACAUACAUAACCAUUGAAUGACUGGAAAGACAUACAUAACCAUUGAAUGACUGGAAAGACAUACAUAACCAUUGAAUGACUGGAAAGACAUACAUAACCAUUGAAUCACUGGAAAGACGUACAUAACCAUUGAAUGACUGGAAAUAAUGUAUUGUCUGAGAAUGUGAGAAAGAUUGGGGUUGCUGUUGUCAGUUUGUGACAAGCAUAACUGAUUAAAUUGCAUUUGUUUCUACUGAUCAUUUAA